UAUAUAUAUCAAUGUAAUAUUGACAGUAUAUAAAUAUGAGUAGCAAUACUGUCAGAGCGAUGUUUUCAAGCAUGGGCUUUUAUGAACGAAACGCUUUCAGCGAGCGAGGUAAAGAUGUCGAAGUUGUGGAGCACAGUAGCUAGAGCAGCAGGGCUUUUAGUUCGGACCUGGGUUCCAAAGUCUGGCCCCUGGACUCAGCAGAGCUCGGGGACGUCGGGGGAUCCCAGAACCUCUCUGAUCCCUGCCUUCUUUUUCUGUGAAGGGAGUCUGAGCCUCUGCUGCCUCAGCCAGAUCCUGAAUGUCAAAAAGCAGUGGGUCUGUUGGAUGAAUUUGAGGACAACGGGAACUUUGGGUGACGCCAGCCCUCUGGACGAUACCACCUAUGAAAGACUGGCCGAAGAGACACUGGACUCCUUAGCAGAGUUUUUUGAAGACCUUGCCGACACACCUUACACAUUUGAAGACUAUGAUGUCUCCUUUGGGAGUGGUGUUUUAACAAUUAAACUGGGUGGAGAUCUAGGAACGUACGUGAUCAACAAGCAGACGCCAAACAAGCAAAUCUGGUUGUCUUCACCAUCCAGUGGCCCCAAGCGUUACGACUGGACUGGGAGAAACUGGGUGUACUCCCAUGAUGGUGUGUCCCUCCACGAGCUGCUGGCCACAGAGCUGACUCAAGCCUUAAAAACCAAACUGGACUUAUCUUCUCUGGCCUACUCUGGAAAAGGCACUUGCUGCCCAGCCUAAUGCUAAAGACAUUGAAAGCUCUAAAGCCAAGACCCCAGCUUCAUUCCGCAGGUGAAUGGCUAGUCUUUUCCAUUCCUGCUUUUGAGGACAGUUGCAUUAUGUGUAACGGCUCUGUGAAAAGACCACGUUGCCUCCUGCCCUGCCCCUGAGUUCAGAUUUUUAAUUUCCGUAGGUUUCUUUGGAUUUACUGUCUGAUUUCCUCCCUCACGUGACAGCCCUUAUCUUUCAUAAUGUCUGUAUGCCCAUACCUUUAAUAUAUAACCUCACAACAAAGAAAAAGAAGAAAGACAAAUUCCAGGAGGAGAAAUGAAUUGGCUUCACCAUUCAUUCUCUGAAAGACUUACUACAAAAACUGCAUGAAGAGUGGCUGCCCAACCUUGCCAUCCGAUCUCAAAAUGAGACUCAUUAAAGGGAAGCCUAAAACAUUCCUACUCCUCUUGAAAGUGUAAACACUUCUAAGCCCUUUAGUAUUGAAGCAUCAGUGGCAACUCCGGAAUUCUGAAACCGAAGACCAUUUUCUGUUUGUGCUUUGUGACUGUCAGGGUGUGGCCCGCAUGGGGUUAACACAGGGA